AUGCCGAAAACCACGACCUGCUUGGGGAAGCCGUCUGGCAAGAGUAUUACUCUGUGGCAGCCAAUCUCAGCUCGCUUCUACCGGUCGCCCGACCUGAAAGACUUGCCCGACUCAGAUAGCCCCAUUUAUACUCCGCGUAACAAGCCUGGGGAUGGUCUCCGCCAGCCGGCCUUUCCCGCCAAGAAAAUAGUCCCAUUGGCACUGGCUACCCUACGUGAGACCCUUGUCCGGCAGAAGAAGGACUUUGGGAGUUCGGCUGCGUUUGUGUACUCAGAAACCCAGGCGCGCUUCUGGCUUAAACACUUCAACGUGGAUUGGCAGCCGAUCAAGUGGCACGAAAUGCAUUGGCGUGCCAACGAGUGCGGCAUCCACGUCGCGCGCAAAUAUUCCCUCCAGGGGGCCGGGUGGCCGGAUGGCGGCAUCUACGGCGAGGCGUACGAUCGCGGGUGGGAACCCGAGGUGGACAGCGAUGAAGAGGUGGCAUUUUCAGCUGCAGUCGCCGUCGAGGAGACCGAGGGCCUGAAUCUGACAAGUGAUGGGCUAUUGGACAGGCUCGACUACGCCAUCGUUUGGGUCGCGUUUCAGCAGCAGAAGUCGGAGUUGGACCUCAAGGACCUUCAAGACCGCAUGGUCGCGGCCGGCCGCAUCGAAGAGAGUAAGGUGGAGGAGUGGGUCUGCCAGGCCCUCAAGGUUGUGACGCCGUAUGUGCAAGUACAUGAAUGGCGCGACUUCGUCGAGGACCGGAGCAAGUACCGCCAUAUUCUCAUCGAAAAUGGCCAACUUUUUGGGCGGUGGGAAGUCCGGCGGACGCCAGAGAUGUUUUAUUUUGAGCUGAAGCUGAUAAGUAAGGAGGAUUAUGCUGUACAGCAAUAUAGCCCGGAGUCGUAG